AUGGAAUAUACACUCUUACAGCCCAGGCAACCCUGCCUCUCUGCUGCUUGCUCUGUUUCAGUCAUGAAGAACCUUCACUUCAAAGAUUUUUUCUGGUGUCCAGAUCUGACUUCCACUGCUGGCUAUGAUGCCAUCAUUCAGUAUCUCAAUGACGGAAAAAGAACAUGCAAAGAGGUGGAGGACUUCAUGAAAGCUAGGGCUUCGAUUGAAGAGAGGUACGCCAAAGACUUGCUUGGUUUGUCCAAGAAAGUUUGUGGACACAAUGAGAUGAACACAUUAAAAAGAUCCCUGGACGUGUUUAAGCUACAGACUGAACAUGUUAGUCUAUCACACUUACAACUGGCGCAGAGUAUGAGGGAAGAGGUCAAGAAACUGGAAGACUUCAAAGAAAAGCAAAAAGAAGCAAGGAAAAAAAUAGAACAACAGAUGGAUGCUCUCCACAAACAGAAGUCCUCACAUUUUAAGAAGACAAUGGACUCCAAGAAAACAUAUGAGCAGAAGUGUCGUGACAAAGAAGAAGCGGAUCAGAACAUGAACCGGAACACCAACACCAACAACACCAAGCUUGUGGAGAAGCUCCAGUCAAAAGCUCAGCAGGCAAAACUGAACGCAGAAGAAGCAGACAGAUUAUACCAACAGAAUGUUAUAACUCUGAUGAAAAUUAGAGAUGACUGGCUGAAGGAGCAUGUGAACGCCUGCGAGAUAUUUGAAAAACAGUCAAUAGAGCGUAUUAACUUCCUGAGGAACACAGUGUGGACUCAUCUCAACCAGCUUUCACAGCAAUGUGUCACCAGCGAUGAGCUAUAUGAGGAGGUGAGGAGGUCACUAGAGCAAUGUGAUUUCCAGGAAGAUAUCGAACACUUUGUAAAUCUCAGACGGACCGGAGACAAACCUGCAGCUCCAGUCGUGUAUGAAAACUUCUACUCAGGACUAAGGUCUCCAACUGGACCACCGCCGUCCCGGAUGCCUCCACCAGCUGUGAGAAGGGGACCACUCCCGGAUCCAACCCAGAACAACAGAGAUGACUCGCGUCACUCUUUGGUGCAGGACGGAGAUUACAGUGUGAUCCAGUAUUAACACAUACAUCUCCAGCAGUUUCAGACUUACCCGUUAUAGCCCAUUACUUCCCCUUUAUAGGCUUCCUGUAAACACACGGUCAUAUCAGAUGGAAAAUUUGUGUCAUAACUGUGUACAGACUGUUUCACUUUAGAUUUUGUCAUGUGUUGAAUGUACUUUUAUGAAAUAAAAUAAGUGAGAUAGG